UUAUCUAUACAUUUCAGUUUGACUAAUUCUAUACUGGAUAGGUGCGAAUAAUCGUGGAACACCUUGCGUACAUACUACGCAAUGCAUUCACAGCAGCGCAGAAUCGCAGUUGAGCAGCAACUGCGUGACGGAAGAGUGAUAGAGGGUGGAAAAUGUUGCGCUCUGUUAUGUUUUCGCCCUCUGUUACUCAGGGCUUGGCAUCUCUGAUACGUAAUAACAUUGCUUUAUCAGGAUGUCCUGGAUCUUUAGUCUCCCAGGCCAAACACAUGGCCACAGAUACAGUAUCAAAGCAAAGUGAAAUCUCUUUGCCAGGAAAAGUAGAAAAGCAACCCUAUAGUCCUUUUCAAGAUAGCAGCAAUUUGGCUGAAUAUGCAGUAGCACGAUUAGACGAUCUCAUAAAUUGGGGUCGUAAAGGAUCAUUAUGGCCAUUGACGUUUGGUUUAGCAUGUUGUGCUGUUGAAAUGAUGCACAUUGCUGCCCCAAGAUAUGAUAUGGACAGAUAUGGAGUUGUCUUUCGAGCAUCUCCAAGGCAAGCUGAUGUUAUUAUUGUUGCUGGUACUUUAACAAAUAAAAUGGCUCCUGCGUUGAGAAGAAUAUACGAUGAAAUGCCUCAACCCCGAUGGGUCAUUUCAAUGGGAAGCUGUGCCAAUGGUGGUGGUUAUUAUCAUUAUAGCUAUUCUGUUGUUAGAGGAUGCGAUAGGAUUUUGCCUGUGGACAUAUAUGUGCCAGGAUGUCCCCCAACGGCAGAAGCUUUAAUGUUUGGUGUCCUUCAGUUACAGAAAAAAGUAAAACGUAUGAAAACUCUACAAAUAUGGUACAGAAAAUAAUGUAAAUAAACGUAAUAAUUGUAGCAAUUUAUGUAUGAUAUACAUUUAUUUAGGUAUGAUAUACAUAUAUUAUAGCAUGAAGCUAUUCUUUUAAAUAGUUUAUUAAAGAUUGAUAAAUCAUUGUUUUAUAAUGGUUAAUUUAUUAGACAGCCAUGUUUUUCCUAAGAUCUGUUUAUUUGUAUGGACUUUCAUCGCCAUGUACAACCACCAAAAAUACAUAUAAAUACUACAAAUAAAAAACUCAAAAGUGACAGUAUUAAAUCAAAUAAUAUAAUUUCCAAUAUUGAUUACAUAAUUACACGAAAACGAUACUUUUUUACAGGCAUAGUUUCGUUAUAUUUUUUUCCUCUGUUUCAAUCUUUAUUAUCUUCACUAUUUAAAAUAUUUACAAUAUCUUAAUUUAAAAACAAAGCAAAGAGUUAGGCUGAACAUCUUUGCCACUUAGCUUACCACAUAUUAAGGCCCCUUUAUUUUUUUUUCUUCUUCACAUAUUGCUCUACCUAAUACUAUUUACGAUUGUGUUUAUUUUCAUUAUACAUUAUAUACAUACAUUGUUGAAUAAAAACACAUCAACUGAUACGCAUCACGCAUACAAUAGGUAUUCCUUUUCUUUCUUAAAAACAUUGCCAACCUAUUGUACUUAUCAACAAAAUUUUCAUAUACAAGGGUACAUGUUUAUGAACAUACUAUUAUUUCUGUUGUGUCCACAGCCCGAAUUUUAAACGCCUACUUUGGUCAUUAAAGAGCAUAGUACGUUGGAAUAUCUCAUUUUUGUUUUCUCAAUUCUUAUUUUUAUCAAUUCUUUCUAUCUUUCCUGAAAUGCUUCCAUUUUAUUUGAAUUAACUUUUAUGGAUGUAUAGAUACAUCUCUGAAACACUGACACGCGUAUCGUAUUUCUAAUUCACAUUUGCCUAUUUUUUUAUCAUAAUAAUUUCAUCAGUCUCAGUUUAAAAUCUAAUUCAAAAUAUACUUGCCAACGUGCUAUAUAAACCUAAAAAGUUGUAUGAAUUAUAAAUUUAAAAAAGAUAUAUGAAUAAAGUUAAUAUAUGACGUAAAACAAUAAUAUUGUGUUACUUUUUUACGCUUAAGAUGUCACAUUUAGAUAAAUUACUUUAGAGAGCAACUAAGAUAUGAAGAAAAAUUAAUUUAGCUAAAAUUUCCCUCUGUUUCCCUAUUGUGUCCAUUUGUAUGCCAAAUGAAAUUUUCCAAGUUUUUAAUUAAAUUGCAACAUAUCUUUUAAUGUGCUCCUUAAUUUAAGCACCAACAAUAAAUAUUUCCUAACGUUUUGUCAUAUCAAAAUCUAUUAUUUUUGUAGCAUAAAUUAAACAUUUUGUUGGUUUUAAAAUAGUCUUUGUUAAAUAGUGUGAUAAUUACAUAGAGAAAUGCAUUUAACUAUUUUGUAUUCGAGGCUAUAGCAUUACUUUUCUUUGCUUUUCUGUGCAGAUUUACACUUAUAAGAGAAAAAAGUUUCGAGCUAAUUUACAAUGUACAAAAUAAUAAAAUAUAUCGAUAUUUUAUACAUAUUUUCAUCUUUUUUAUGUAUCUCUGUGACAUAGAAAAUGACUACAAUAAAUUGUUUGUACAAACCUAUAUAUAUAUAUAUAUA